AUGGCCUUUCGUCGUCAACUUCAGCUCAUGAUCCUACAUCUUAUCCUGCUGCAUUUUUCCAUGUUUUCUAUUUCUUAUGCAUUGUCGGAUCCCGAAAUCCUUCUCAAGUUCAAAUCCUCGUUGGCCAACAGCGCUGCUUUGAAGAAGUGGGAAAACAAUUCCAGCCCUAUAUGCAACGGCAUACGUGCUAACUGGGCCGGCGUCAUUUGUUUAAAAGACACCGUUUGGGGUUUACGGCUCGAGAACAUGGGAUUAUCAGGCACCAUUGAUGUCGACACCUUGACCGCCCUGCCUCGCUUGAGAGCCUUGAGCUUUAUGAACAAUAAUUUUAAUGGUUCCAUUCCCGAGUUCAAGAAGAUUUCUGGGUUGAGAUCCAUUUAUUUAUCCAACAAUCGGUUUUCUGGAAAUAUUCCUGACAAUGCAUUCCAAGGCAUGGUUUGGCUCAAGAAGCUUUAUCUAUCGAAAAACCAGUUUACCGGUCCGAUUCCGGCGUCGCUGGCCACCCUGCCCAGGCUUUCGGUGCUUAAGCUCGACGGUAACCGGUUUUCGGGAGAACUACCGGAUUUUGAGUUGAAACAGUUGCAUGUAGUUGAUCUCUCGAAUAAUCAAUUGGAGGGUCCUAUACCAGCUAGCCUUAGUAAGAUGAAAGCCGACAUGUUUGCAGGCAAUAAAGGUGUUUGUGGAGCACCAUUGACGGCAUGUAAGUCGACCCCUGCUGAUGAUCCAAACAAAAACGUUGCUGCUGCUGCUCCUUCCAAGAAGAAUAUCUCAAGAUGGGCUAUUGUGAUCCCUAUUAUAGUCGGUGUCCUCAUAGCCAUAGUUGCAGUCAUCAUGAUCAAUUGGCGCAAAAGGCAGCAACCGGGUCCAAAAGUGGAGGUUUCACCACCAUCAAACCCCAAAACCAAAACAGGUCUCAAGGUACAAGACCGUGCUAUCGCCGCCACGCCGUCGCCGCGCUCGAGCAACGGAAUGAAGUUAGCGGAGUCCGCUACGAAACUUACUUUCUUGAGGGAUGAUGACAGAGACAAGUUCAAUUUGCCGGACUUGCUCAGAGCCUCGGCCGAGGUGUUGGGAAGUGGGUACUUCGGGUCAUCUUAUAGGACUGAACUACCAAAUGGGUCGGCCAUGGUGGUUAAGAGGUAUAAACAGAUGACCAACGCCGGGAAAGAAGAUUUCCAAGAGCAUAUGAGAAGGAUGGGGAGACUGAAACAUGAAAACGUGCUUACUCUCGUCGCUUAUCAUUACAGGAAGGACGAAAAGCUCAUUGUCUGCGAUUUUGUCAAAAAUGGCAGCUUGGCUGUUCAUCUUCAUGGCCAUCAAACUUUGGGGCAACAAGGCCUUGAUUGGCCAACUCGAUUGAACAUCGUGAAAGGAAUAGCCAAGGGGCUGGCGUACCUAUACAAGGAAUUGCCUAGUUUGGUCGCACCACACGGUCACCUCAAAUCCUCAAACGUUCUCCUCAACGAAUCCUUCGAACCACUCCUCACCGAUUACGGACUGAUCCCAGUGAUCGACCCGGAGAAUGCUCAAGCCUUCAUGACGGCCUAUAAAUCACCCGAAUUCGUGCACCACGGUCGAGUCACGAAGAAGACCGACGUAUGGGGUCUCGGUGUACUAAUUCUAGAGAUUAUGACCGGGAAGUUCCCCUCCAACUUCUUGCAGAUGGGAAAAGGAAGCGGCGAAGAGGACUUAACGACAUGGGUGAAAUCGAUAGUCGGCGACGACGAAGAAACGUCGUCGAUCGACAUGGAGGCGUUCGACAAAGAAAUGGGAGCCGUAAGCGAUCGUGACGGGAAAACGAUGCUCCAGCUGUUGAAGAUCGGGUUGAGUUGCUGCGAAGAUGAUGCACUGAAGAGAUUAGAUUUGAAAGAAGCCGUGAACAGAAUUGAUAGAUUGAAGCUCGGAAACAUUAGCAGUGAUGAGGAAUCUUAUCAGCAAUAUUGGUCCAGUAGUGGCAGUGACGAAGACAACAAGUGA